CCUUAUGGAGUGGGCUACUCUAGCCUCCUCUUACGUCUCACUGAACUUUGUGGUCACUCCCACAAACGAAUUCGUGUUUUCUUACUAACUUCCCAGCAGUUUUCAUACCAAACGUUACACAUCGUAGAGGUGGAAAAUACAGUCAAAUCUGAUUGAAGAGUUCAUCACUUUUUCAACCUGAGUCCUUGAACCAUAUCUUUCUGUGCGCUUGUUCUACAUUCCAACUGCGAGUGAAAGUUACGCAAGACCCAACAUGGACGAGGCAGAGAAGUACCAGCAGAGAGUGCAGGCUAUAGAGGACAAGCGACGUAAGCAGCAGGACGACGAGAAAGCAAAGAGGGAGAUGGAGGAGGAGUGGCUGAUGCAGGCCCAGCACAAGCGGAAGUCCUUGAGGGACCAGUGGCUGAGCGAGAACCCUCAGCCUGUCCCUGGGCGCAGCGCUGAGGACUACACAGAGGAGUUGCCAACUGGUGAGGAUAUAGUGGAGGUCAUUGAAUCCACAAGCUACACAGUCACCAAUGCCCAGAGUCACAAUCAGGCUGACAUUGAAGAGGGUGGGAUACAAGACAUCAUCAGAGCUGCUGGGGGUCAGCUCCCUGGGCCAGUAAUGGAGAGGGUUCUCCAUGAGAAUGGACUGGAAGGUCGAUCAGUGCUGGGGAUGGUUGCAGUGCAGGUGGAGAGGGAUUCAAAGACAGGGGUCACCAAGAUCAGGUCUGUGGUGCCCGUGUCUGGAGCACCCAGGGCCUUGGGGGAGACGGUGUUCAAUGACAGCAGGAAGAGCGUCCACCACGUCGGCAGGGCAGAAGGACAGCCUUCUGCUGAGGAGCUGGGACAGCUCCUUAGUGUCAUCAACGAUGUCGGGAUGCAAGUGCUGCUGGAUGAGAUCCCAGUUGUACCACAACAGAAGGCAGAGGAGAAGAUAGAGGUUGGUGGUGGGAUGGAAGAGGAGGUGGACAAUGUGGAGGACCCUGCCACACCUACAUCCCUGGGCUACACUGAGGAAAAGGUUGAGGAUCUGGUCUGUGAGGAUGAUGAGAUGGACAAGGAGACAGGAGUAGGUCAGGUAGACCUUGUGGAGGGCACUGUCACACUGACCUUCCUGGGCUACACUGAGGUAAAGUCAGAGAGCGAGGGUCUGGGCCAUGAGGAUGAUAGAGAGUUGGUGGAGGUAGAGCGGGUGAUCAUUUCUGACGCGGGUGAGGAGGAGAUUGUUCUUCAGUCUCCUGUUCUUGGGUCUGAGACUGAACCCUUCCUGGGCUGCACUGAGCAAAAGGUUGAGGCUGUGGGGCAUGAGGAUGAUGAGGAGGACGUGAGUGGAUUGGUUGUCUUUGUGGAGGGCCCUGUUCCACCUGUCAUCCUGGGCUACACUCAGGAAGAGGUUGAGGAUCUGGGACAUGAGGAUGAUCCCCCCAGACCAACCCCACGCCACAGAGCCGAGGAAACAGGAAAGAGGGCAUCCAAACACAAUACCAAGUGCUGCUCUAUCAUGUGAUUCUGCACAUGAUAGAGCAUCACCCCCCCAUUCCUCUAAGCUAUGCCACUCAUGAUGAAUGGACUGUAUGCUUGGCCUAAAUCUACAACAUUGUCUAAAUUGCACAGGAUGUGCUCCAGAGAGGCGUGCCUUUGCUCCUCAUCUAAAAUGUCACUGGUAUCCUGAGACUACAGUCCCACAUGGCUUGUGUCAUGGAGUGUUUACUGUUAUCCUCCUCUCUUCAAACAGCUCUGUGAACAGACUCCAGUGUGACUGUUACAAAGCCCUUCUGCCUCCUGCUGGACACAGUUCAGUAAUGCAACUAGGUUUUACUGCCAAAAUCCCAGCAGCACUCAUCUCCCGCUCCUCUGCCUUUGUGAUUGGUUGUAUCAGCCAAAAAAAAGUACUCAGCACUAUGUCCUCUAGGAAUGAAGAAUAUAAAGAAUAGAUGAAGAAUACAACAACCACUGAUCUGUUUCUUUUUGGAAAUAGAUUUUUAAAUAUUAAUCUCAGAAAUGCCUGAUGUGCCUAUUUCAAUUUCAAUGGCAAAUAACCAUUUUGUUCUCUACUUUUAGAGUGUCCUCAUCAAUAAUACAAAUGUAAUGGUUAUGAAUAUGAUACUGUAUUCCGUCAGUGACCAAAACAGUCUGUUAAAGAAGGGUUGGAUGCCAUUAAAUCUAUUCAGUGCGGUUUGUAUGUGUAAGUGUGUUUGAUAGUUGAAUUUUGAUUUAGCCAUGUCUGUUAAUGAAGGUGGAUUUUAAAAAAAAUGGAAUGUGUGUGUGAUUAUCAAAACAAAAUAUAUUUCAUAUUCUUAAGAUUUUUGUUUGUCUCGUUCUUUCCUUUUGAUCAGCAGUAGCAACAUUCCUGUCAGGACGUUCAUGUAUAGGACUCUUUAUUGCAAAUGAGCUGUGACAUACCAUUAAAGACACGCUACGGAA